UUUAUUCUCAUGAGAGCGUCCUGCGUGCUACACACGAGUUGUGGCAUCGUAAGUUGGAGUUGCUUAUUAUCUGGUGAAUAUAGGGAGCACGUUUGUCAGCAGUAAGUGCACUCCGGAUUUUAUUUCUAAUCUUCAAUAACGUUUCGUAGGUAUAUCUCUCGAGUUAUUUGCAUAUCCGGCAUGGGGAAAAGGAACAGGAACAGACAGAAAAAUCAAGACAGAAAUGGAAAAGCUGGAGGAAGAAGCAGAGACGAUGCUGGCUGGGGUGCUGGAUACGCAGAAAUCGUUAAGGAAAACAAACUAUUUGAGCAGUACUACCAAGAGCUUAAAAUCGUUCCCGAGGGAGAAUGGGAGCAGUUUAUGGACGCCAUGAGGGAGCCCUUGCCUGCUACAAUAAGGAUAACAGGAUACAAAAGCCAUGCCAAUGAAAUUCUCCACUGUUUGAAAGAGAAAUAUUUCAAGGAACUACAAGAUCUUGAAGUAGAUGGCCAAAAAAUAGAAAUGCCACAAGCACUGAGCUGGUACCCAGAUGACUUAGCAUGGCAUACAAACUUGAGCAGAAAGAUUCUACGGAAGUCUCCUUUGUUGGAGAAGUUUCACCAGUUCCUGGUUAGCGAGACUGAAUCUGGUAACAUUAGUCGUCAAGAAGCUGUCAGUAUGAUUCCUCCUUUGCUCCUAAAAAUUGAGCCGCACCAUAAGAUUCUGGACAUGUGCGCUGCUCCUGGCUCUAAGACUGCUCAGUUGAUUGAAAUGCUGCAUGCUGAUAUGGAUGUUCCAUUUCCAGAGGGCUUUGUUAUUGCCAAUGAUGUGGACAACAAGCGCUGCUACCUGCUGGUUCACCAGGCGAAGAGGUUAAACAGCCCUUGCAUUAUGGUUGUGAAUCACGAUGCCUCCAGUAUUCCCCGACUCCAAAUAGACUGUGAUGGCAAAAAAGAUAUCCUGUUUUAUGACAGGAUCCUUUGUGAUGUUCCUUGCAGUGGUGAUGGGACAAUGAGAAAGAACAUUGAUGUGUGGAAGAAGUGGACAACCAACAACAGUCUUCAUCUUCAUGGGUUGCAGCUGAGAAUUGCAAUCCGUGGGGUGGAGCAGCUGGCUGUUGGGGGCAGAAUGGUCUAUUCCACUUGCUCUCUGAACCCUGUGGAAGAUGAAGCUGUUAUUGCAUCACUUCUGGAGAAAUGUGAAGGUGCCUUAGAACUUAUUGAUGCCUCCAAUGAUUUGCCAGGGCUGAAGUGGAUGCCAGGCAUAACAUCCUGGAAGCUAAUGACCAAGGGAGGUGAGUGGUAUAAUGAUUGGUCUGAAGUACCUGAAAGCCGCCACACACAGAUUCGACCAACAAUGUUUCCUCCUAAAGAUUUGGAGAAAUUGAAGGAAAUGAAAUUAGAGAGAUGUAUGCGGAUAUUGCCUCAUCACCAGAAUACAGGAGGAUUCUUUGUCGCUGUGCUCAUGAAGAAAGCCCCUAUGCCUUGGAAUCGUCGGUAUCCAAAGCUCCGUAAUAAAGGGGCAGAAGCAGUAGCUGCAUCUGAGGAGACCCCUGCUGAAACUGCUGAUGAGGGAGGAGAUGCUACUGCAGAGGACAAGCUGAAAGACCUUGAGGACUCCCAGGAGAGCUCUGUCAAAAAAGACGGCGUAUGUGGCCCUCCACCAUCAAAGAAGAUGAAGCUGUUUGGCUUCAAAGAAGAUCCUUUUGUUUUUAUUACUGAGGAUGAUCCAGUGUUCCCUCCAAUCCAGAAAUUUUACAACCUUUCCUGCACCUUUCCAAAGCUGAAUUUACUGACAAGGACUCAUGAAGGGAAAAAGAGAAAUCUGUAUAUGGUCUCCAAAGAGCUUCGAAAUGUCCUGCUAAACAACAGUGAACGCAUGAAGGUUAUUAACACUGGAGUAAAGGUUUUGUCCCGGAAUAAUGAUGGAGAAGAGUUUGGUUGUGCCUUCAGGCUAGCCCAGGAGGGCAUUUAUACUCUUUUUCCAUACAUUAAUGCCAGAAUCAUUAAUGUUGGUGUGGAAGAUAUCAAGGUGCUGCUAACACAAGAGAAUCCCUUUCUUAGCAAAUUGUGUGAUGAGGCACAUGCACAGGCAAAACAGAUUGCAAUGGGCAGCAUCGUUCUGAGAUAUACACCUGAUCCUGAGAAACCAGAUUCCCCACAGUGCCCCAUUGUGUUGUGUGGAUGGAGGGGGAAGACCUCUAUUCGAGCUUUUGUGCCAAAGAAUGAGCGUUUUCACUACCUGAGAAUGCUGGGCGUGGAAGUGUUUAGGGAGAGGAAGAGGGAAGACUCUGUGGCCCCUAAGGCUGAAAAGGGGGAUAAUGGCGAAGAGCUAAGUGGACAGCCCACUGUCCAGGAUUCUGAAGAGAUGGAGGCUGAAGGAGAUGGAGAAUCAGAGUCAACUGUUGAGCCACUUGUAUCAGAUGGCAAGGAGGCUGACAAAAUUGAAGGCACUGAAAAGGUGCUUGCUGCUGAACCACUCUAAGGAGGACAGGUUUAAAGCGGAGAGGUGUAGGGGUGCCCUUUAAACUGAACAAGCUGUAGAGGAGCAAUGAUAGAGCCUACAUUGAACCUUUUUAGAAUCAGUUAGCUUGUGCCAUCAGAGUGUAGUCAGAGCGGAGUCUAAUGAGCAAAAUUUUAUUUGAAACAAUGAUUUUUUUUUAAUCUUCCUAAUUUGGGAUGAAUAUGUCCAUACUAAUUAUUUCAUGUGUUUUGUAUAGCCUAAGCUUUGUAUCCUCAGUCCAGACAUUAUUGUUUCUGGAUUAAGGAGAACCAUUUAGUCUGUUUUAAUUUCAUAUUUAAAAGUUCUUUUUAAAUGAAUUAGGAAAUAUUUAAUUUAGAAACUCACGUGACCAGUUUCUUAGUUCAAAAUGAGUUAACUUUUCAUACUUUUCAUUUUUAUUCUAAAUAAAGGGACAGGUGGUCUUUCUUGUUACAUUGGUUAAGUUUCCAUAAAUACAUCUGGAUGAAAAGUUUCAUUUGCAUAGCCUCAUAAUUUCAUAAAGUAAACAUGAUGAGUGAAGCACUGCAAGUUGCAUGAUAUGUUGGCUAUCCAAAAAAAUGAGCAACAUUUCUUUCAAAACCAGAAAUCAUUUAUCAAGUCUUUGUACUGUUGAUUGAACAGUUUUCUUGUGUGCUCAAUAUUGGCCAGAAAUACAGUAGGUGUAAUCGCUUAAUUAAUAAGAAAUAAACAGGAGAAAUACUUUCCUAUAUCUAAAUCUUAAGGUAAUUUACAAAAAAAUGUUUAAGGAAACACAAAGUAGUUUUAAAGGGUACUUUAACUAUUUAAUGUGGAGUUCAAAGUUGUAUUACAUGUUUAGGGCUAUGGAAAAUAAGUUAUGAGUAAGUGUGACUGCUGUCUAACAGAAGCUCUUCACUACUCAGGAAAAACAGUCUCCGAUGUCGCUUUUGUAACACCUCAUGAACUUGCAGUCCUGGGCAACUGAGCCUGUUAAGUAGAAUCGGAAGAAAACUACUUUCAAUUCUCAAAUAAAAGAGAAAGCUUUUUUUGUUGUUGAA